AUGAGGCCCUAUGGCUAUGGGCUCCACGAUUCGCAGUUUGGUGUGCUGCUGACGAGGAUUGAGAGCCCUCCGAUACCCAUAGACGUUGCCGAGGAGUCCGUGACGGUGAAGAAGCUGGACGAGCUGGCGAAACUGGCAGAGCAGAGCGACGAGGACUCCGAGGCUGCGCUGCAGAGCAUUGUGGGUAUCAAUGCUGCCACGAGCACUGAUCACAAGCCACAGAGGGACGAUGGACAGCAGCAGGUGCUGCAGAGGCCCAAUGGGUUCUUCGACUCGCUGCGUGGGUCGCUGGCGACGCUGAAGCUGAGCGAUGGCCAUGCGCAGCGGCGUGGUGGUGGUGACGGUGACGGUGGAAGUGGUGGUGACGGUAAUGGUGAUGACGGUGACGACACCUCUACCGACACAACGCCGGUGAUGAACGCUGGUGUGACGCUACACGGGUCAUCUGGGAGCACUGCGACGCCUCUGGUGACGAACGGCCGCAACGUUCUCUCCAAGCUGUUCAGGAACUCGACACAUGUCUCUGAGAACGACAGACGGCCCCCGACGAAGGGCAGAAACGACGAUGACAACGGCGGUGACGGCAGGAACGCCGACCCUGGUGCUGUCCAUCACUACAGCGACAGCUAUGAUGAUGACGACAACGACGACGAGACCACCAAUGACGACCACGACCACCACGACGACCACGACCAUGACCACGACAAUGACAACGACAAUGACAACGACUACCACCACGACAACGACAAUGGCGAUGGUGCCGACCACGACCACGACACCACCGCCGGCGACCACCCAGCAUCAGCCACUGACGGCGUUGUGCCCACGAUCGACACGGGCAUCGAGCUCAAUGAGCACCCGGGCACCGUGCUCAGCGACCAAGGCAUCCUGAUCAGCCAGGACUACUCGGACGUCAACAACACCCAGGUGGAGCACUUUGCCCCGGUGGAUGCUGAUGACGAUGCCAUGUUCCACAACACGGUAUCAUCCGGUGAUGAGGACCUGGCACUGGACUCAGACUUCUCAGACGACGAUACUGAGAUGGACGACGCAACGUUCCAGAGUGUCACGGGGAGGUCCGUGAUCUUCCCAAGGACUCUGUCAGCAAGGACCCCGACGUUCAGGCCGGCACCAUCGAGAAAGCUGUCAUUUGACAGGACAAAGCCAAGGAUGAAGAGACGGUCUGGCUCUUUGCUUCAGAGAAGACAUCCGUUGCAGGAGCCCACGUCGUUGCAAAGCGACCUGAGUGUCGAGUCGGCGUUCGCUGAGAUGCCGUCGAUGGUUGAAGCUUGCUUCCCGAAGGUUGACGUCGAGCCUGUGCACCCUCACGCUUCAAAGCUUACGCAGAUGGUUGAUUCCACGCUGAAACGGUCCAACAAGGGCCCACUGGAGCACUUCCUGUUUGUCGAUGGUGAAGCUGUGUCGAACAAGUCGGACGUUGUCACCUUGAAGGUCUGGCUUCCGGACGAGUCGAGCUUCGACGUGAAGGUUCGUCGCUCCGUCAGGGUGUUUGACGUGAUUGGCUUCAUCAUCUGGUCGCUGCUGAAGAGCAAGGCUCCGUUGUUUCAGGGAGAUGCUGAUGAGACGCUACGGAACCCAAACAGGUGGUGCUGCAAGCUCGUUGACGAGGAUGGUGAACCGUACGAAGGCUCGUUUGGGCUCAUGGAUCGCACCAAGAUCAUUGGCUCCUACGGCGAGGACGAGCUGGCCCUGUGCAAGGUGUCGGAGUCUGACUUCCAGAUAAACCAGCGUAGGACCCCGGUGCCUGAGGCUGGCACCGACGCUCUUCCAUCGCCCGUGAAGAACCAGAACAACUACUACCGGAGCAUCCUGCCACACAUCGACAACGACGUGAAGGAUGCCAAACGCGUGGAGGUGCAAGUGUACCAGUACCCGUACACUCACAGCUCCAAUGACUUCCUGAAGUUUGAGUUCCUCGUCACGGAUAAGCUCAACGACAUUCUGGUGAAGUACACCUCUGUGAAGAGCCUGAUCCCCACAAGUGACUACGUCUUGAAGGCUGUCGGAGAGAACUACGUCCUGGACCUCAACGACUCCCUAAGCUCGCUUGACGAGAACUACACGCUGGAGGUGUUGACCAAGAGGAAGGCGAGGGAGCUCAAGUUCCCGAAGAAGAGGAUACUGGACACCAGCACGCUGCCAACGGUCAACUCGAACCUGACACCACAGACCCUGGUGAUGAGGCAGGAGCUGCCUCAAGACACCGCCAUGGCCACCACGACCGCGGCCACGAUGGCCACCACGACCACUGCAGCCACGGUGGCCAGGUCGGCGCGCACUACGCUGGGCAAGCAUGCCAUUGGAGGCUCGUUCAAGAAUAGGAGCCUGCUGAGGCUGAGCUCAGUGGCUGAUACUUCUAUUGUUCCUAACGACAUCAACUCGGAGUACCACAAGUACACGGUGUGGCGUCGGUUGCCCAUGUCCUUCAUCAAUCGUCACGAGCGCACGCUUGCCAUUGACGGAGAGUACGUGUACAUCAUGCCCAAUGACGAGAAGCUAUGGUACGAUACGAAUUUCAAGACUACAACGUUCCACGUGAGUCAGAUCAUGAGCUGUAAAGUGAGUAAAAGGGUGCCCUCGAACUUCAAGAUCGUCGUCAUGAAGGCCAAUGGUCCAAAGAGGUAUGUAUUUGAGGCUCUGAACAACGCUGAAGCCAAGGAGAUCAUUGGCAAGCUGAAAACGCUCAUGGAGGCUUACAAGAUCAACACCUCCUCUGUUGUGUAG